GGGAUGCGGGAUGGCGGCGCUGGGGGCGCUGGUGAAGAAGGCGUGGAGCGUGCGGCGUGCCGUGGUGCUGCUGGGGGCGCCGCUGGCGCUGCUGCCCGUGCUGCUCAGCCUGCCCGCCAAGGAAGGAAGAUGUCUCUACGUGAUCCUACUGAUGGCACUGUAUUGGUGCACGGAGGCACUGCCCCUGGCUGUGACAGCUCUGCUGCCCAUCGUCCUCUUUCCCUUCCUGGGCAUCCUCCCAUCUAACAAAGUUUGCCCGCAGUAUUUUUUAGACACCAAUUUCCUCUUUCUCAGUGGUUUGAUCAUGGCAUCAGCCAUCGAGGAGUGGAAUUUGCACCGCAGGAUCGCACUCCGGGUGCUGAUGUGUGUGGGAGUGCAGCCAGCCAGACUAAUUUUAGGGAUGAUGUUGACGACGUCUUUCCUGUCUAUGUGGUUAAGUAACACUGCCUCCACUGCUAUGAUGCUUCCAAUUGCAAAUGCAAUUUUGAAAAGCCUCUUUGGGGAGAAAGACACAUCUAAGGAGAUGAGCAGGGAAAAUGAAGAAACACAAGCUUCACAGGAGAAGAUGGCCCUGCAGCAAGUCUGCCUUGCCUUUGGCAGACCUUCUUUGAGAGCACCUUUACAGCAGAAUAAACUUUACACUGUACCAACUGAGAUGCAGUUUCUGGCAAGUACUGAGGACAAAGAUCUGGCGGAGGAGAAGGAGAUCACCAGCGACGUUCUCUCAGACUUAAAGAAGGAGGAAGAGUACAAAAAUAACAUAUGGAAAGGCUUCCUCAUCUCCAUCCCGUAUGCAGCCAGCAUUGGGGGGACAGCAACGCUGACGGGAACCGCACCAAACCUCAUCCUUCUGGGACAGCUGAAGAGUUAUUUUCCAGAAUGUGAUGUGGUGAACUUUGGUUCUUGGUUUAUGUUUGCAUUUCCUUUAAUGCUGAUUUUUCUUCUCAUGGGAUGGCUAUGGAUCUCCAUCCUGUACGGAGGAAUUAAUCUGAGGGGCUGGAGAGCAAAAAAGUCAAAUCUAAGAGUGGAUGCGGAAGCCCGGGCCAGAGAAGUGAUAAAGGAGGACUACCAGAAACUGGGCCCGACAAAGUUUGCGGAACAGGCAAUUUUCUUCUUCUUCUUCAUGUUUGCUGUCAUGCUUUUCUCCAGGGAUCCCAAAUUCAUUCCAGGCUGGGCCAGCUUCUUUGCACCGGGGUUUAUCUCUGACGCGGUUACAGGAAUCACCAUUGUGAUCAUACUGUUCUUCUUCCCCUCACAAAAACCUUCCCUCAAGUGGUGGUUUGACUUCAAAGCACCAAACACUGAGACGCAGCCCCUGCUGACGUGGAGGAAGGCCCAGGAAACAGUGCCCUGGAACAUCAUCCUGCUGCUCGGAGGGGGCUUCGCCAUGGCAAAGGGCUGUGAGGAGUCUGGUCUGUCUGUCUGGAUAGGAGGCCGCCUGCACCCCCUGGAGGGCGUACCCCCACCCGUGGCUGUCAUCCUCAUCACGAUUGUCAUCGCCCUAUUCACAGAGUUUGCCAGCAAUACGGCCACUAUUAUCAUCUUCCUGCCUGUCCUGGCGGAGCUGGCCAUUCGUCUGAAAGUCAAUCCACUCUAUUUAAUGAUACCAGGAACAAUAGGAUGCUCCUAUGCAUUCAUGCUGCCAGUCUCAACGCCUCCUAACUCAAUUGCAUUUUCUUCUGGACACUUGAUGGUCAAGGAUAUGGCGAGAACUGGUUUGCUCAUGAAUCUUAUGGGAGUUCUACUUCUUAGCUUGGCUAUGAACACAUGGGCCAAGAGUAUCUUCCAGCUGGGGACCUUCCCUGCGUGGGCUAACAUCCAUGCAGAAAAUGCCACAUCACUCUUGCCAGCUGUAGAAAAUGUCACUUUAAGUGCACUAAAUAAAAUAUGAACAAAGCUACCCCAGGGGAAGGACUCACUCACUUAGGACUCGGGCACUGGAAUCGUCAGCACAUGCACAGGAAGAAAAGCCACGUGGCUGCCCACACCUACGAGACCCUUGGGUUUAAUUUUAUUUUUAGAAAUACUGGUCAGUGUUGCAACAUCCAUUGGUUGUUUUCUCUGAAGGUCCUUUCCCCGCCUUCCACGGGUACCUAUCAGAUACUCCCAGAGAAUUUCAUCUGUCCAUCAUAGGUGGUUGUUACCUGGACAACCCCAUAAGCAUCGAGCAUCUUUGGGGAGAUGCCUCUCCCCCCUGUGAAAGCUAGCGAGCUUUGCUGCUCCAGCUUCUGAUACCCUUCCUCGUUUUGGAGAGCAGCUCAGGAUGGAUUUAUGUGCAACCCAAUGUGAGUGAGUGUAUCAGAAUCUGGCCCAGGGAGAAGGCAGCGUGGGCUUCUGGCAGGACCGUGGAGGCUGGGGGCACUUUGUGGUCUCAUGAGUAAUUCUCUCAUGUAGGAUGAAGACUAUUUCUUCAGGCUUGUGCAUGAAAGGAUGAUUCAGGAGAUGUGUCGAUAGGACUCGGGGUGUUACUCCAUGCUUUGGAAACAGGAAGGCAACAGUUUGUUUCCAAACGUGUCCAAUGGUUUGAAAACCUGGUUUUCAGCUGCUGCCCGGUUCUCGGCACUGAGUGCACAGAUGGAGGUUUGGGGCCAAAUUUGUUUCUGACGUAACUGUGUGGACAUCAGUGGUGUUUCAACUUUGGUGGACGUGGCCAGUCUUAGGUUUGUGAGACUGACCCACUCGUGAGCGCCUGCUGAGGUUCAGUGGGCAAACUGCACUGCAGUAUCAUUGACAUUGCUGAAAAGUAGGCUUUGAUUCUUAACAUCUCUGUAUUUCUGAUUGCUUGGAUACUUUCAAUGAAAGCAUUGCAAAUCGACUGUGAUUUUAAUCACCGUUUUAGCCUUAAAAAAAAAAAAAUUCUCUAAGAAUCUAAAAAUAUUUAAUUUUAAAGAUCCAUCGCUGAUGUGGAUGGAUGGAAAGAUAAAGGAUCUGAUUCCUGAUUUAGGGCAGGUUGGUGACUGGAUGGAUGCUGGGCUCUGCUGGGUCCCUUUGGUGGUGUGAGUGGGAUCCAGCCCAGCCCGCCUGCUCCUGUGCUGCUCAUAAAGCCUGAGGCCAGCUGGGGUCCGCCUUAAGGCUGCACUUAGACAGGGAUGUGGGACUGAACAGCAACCACCAAAACCAACUGAGCGUGGAACUUCGAUCAGUCACGUUCUGGGGGGGAAAAAAAAAAAUCCUUAAUGUUCAACAAAAUCCUUACAUUUAACAAAAUCCUUAAUGAGCGUGGAAAAUGUACAAUAAAGCACGUUUGUUAGCA